AUUAAAUUAAAUAUGAUAGCUCGGCCGUGGACAGACGAUCUACCAAAAUGUAGGAACACAUGUGUUGCUUCCUAUUUUUCACGUCUCGGAGGCAAUACAAAUAACGUAGAUGAUUAUCUUUGCUUCCAUUGCCAAACAGAAGAUAACUCGUGCUUAUAUGGUGUGUUUGAACCUCACAAUGGCUUGGAUGCUGCACGAUUUAUCAUGCAAAGAAUGGCUGCUGAAAUAUUGUUUCCGUCACCCUCGGCUAACAAUACAGAUGAAGAGAUACGAGAUAGGUUAAGGAAUGCUUUUGUAUCUGUUGAGAAAGCCUACAUAGAGAACUAUGAUGGACUCAUAGCUGAAAGAACAAGCCUUCAGUACCAACUUCCUCAAACAAUAAAUGAGCAACAGAUGUCACAAUAUGACCACAUAGUGGCCCGUCUAAAAGAGAUAGACCAACAUCUUUCUGGAGGUGCAACUGUAGUCAUAGCACUGGUUCACAAUGGGAAACUAUUCAUAGCUAAUGUAGGCGAGACCAGAGCAUUGCUGUGCAGGACAGACGAUAACUCAGUAUUGAGGGUUAUACAGCUGACAGUAGAACACAGUUUGAAUAAUGAGGAUGAGCUGUUGAGGCUGGAGCAAUUGGGGCUCGAUGUUAAUAAGUUGAGAAAUGCACAAUACUUGGGCAAUCAAACGGGCACCCGUUGUCUCGGCAAUUAUCUAGUGAAGGGUUUGUACAGGGCAUUCCCCACCAUCAGCGCGGCCGCUUCAGAACCAGUCGUCGCCACGCCAGAGAUACACGGACCCAUCAUUUUGGAUGAAUCAUGCAGAUUCCUAGUUUUAGUCAGCGCCGGAGUGUACAAACGCAUUCAGGAGGCGAAAGGGAGCAGCGAACAAACAAACAAGCAACUGUCUCAAAUCAUAGUCGAAAACUUCAGGAAACAGACCAAUUUCAAAAGCGUCAGUCAGUCCGUGCUAGAAGAAAUAGAAGAAGAAUUUGUUUCGUAUUGCGUGAAGAAUAAUUUGACACCGAAACCGAACACCCAUAUGUCUUUGCUUAUUAGAAACUUCAACUUCCUACCACCAGCCGAGGAGAGCGUGCAGAGAAACACAUCGGUCAGAUUUAAUCCAAUAGUUCAGUCUAAGUCCACUACGUUACUAAAUGAAAUCGAUUCGGAACAGUACUCGUCUGGGAAUGAAAUCGAGACUAAUGAUUCGAUUGUGGACACCAAUCGCUCGGUGGAAUCGUCAUCGGACAUAUAUCCGACCAGACAGUUCGAUAAAGACAGGAAGAUAAAAAGUUAUGUGGAUUUUACGUGUUACUACGAGAACGUUGCGAAGGCGCGCAAAAAUGGCACGUUGCCGGAUUUCAUUAAAUAAAGUUUAAGAACUAAUGACGUAUCUGUUAAGAAAAUAGUGUUAUUUGAUUGCCAAAUACUAGACAAUAUUUGUGAUUAUUAGCUACGUUUGUAUAUAUAAACAAAAUCGAUACAGCAUUAUGAAUGCAAAAAUUUAUUAAAUAUAGAUAUGUGAUAAUAAAUAAAUGUGUAUAUUUGUACUAAUC